AACAUAUUACUUCUUCCAAAGAACAAAUCAUCAGAAGACGAAGACUUUCGUAUACUCGUCGUUGGAGGUCUCGGUUUGACUGGAGCGGUGGCCACGCGUCAGAUCAUCAACGGUCUAAUAGCUCAUAAUAAGCUGAAUGAUUGGUCUAUGGCCCUUCCCACUAAUAGUGUUGAGUCCAUCAGAUGCCAUUCCAAGUCGGUUGGUAUUUCCGAUGCAUAUGUGGUCGGACAGAGUGUAUGCACAUCCGAAUCAUCCAUUGAAUUUUUUGGCGUCACAGGCUUGACUCUGCGUCCUUUGGACAGAUGUCCCCUUUUAUACUCACCGGUCUCGGAGGAUGUUCCAGCAAGUCCGUUAAUGCUAGUCCCGAAUGAAGUUUCACUGCGUAUGGAAUUCCAUGUGGAAGCUGUGCUUGAUAUGGUUACACAACUCGAGGAGCAGCAUGUGAAUGGGAACGAAUCGCCAAAUAGUGAUUGCUGGGAUCGGCAAGAUGCGGAUGUGCGAACACGUGUGACAGAUCUUUCUCGAUCGAAUCUUGAAAGCCAGUUAAUCGAAUUCUUCCUGGCUGAAGUGGAGUACGAUCUGACGGAACCCUUAGUCACGAAUAAUCCCUAUCACUUCCUGAGGCGAAACGGCUCACCCGGUAUCCGCUCAUGGCCCUGUCCAACAGCCCGUUUGGAGUCCCUGCCAAGUAAUCUUUAUGCCGAAUUUAUCAUAGAUGACGGAAGUGGGGUUGGUGUGAGUAACACUACACCGGAGAACCGGGACAACAACGGAUUUGGUCAACCGUUUAUACUGACUCCGAAAUCCCCGAAUGAAGGUCCCGUAUCAGUCCUGUGUGCUUCUCUACUACAGCCGACACAGUCCUUGUCGUCCGAAGUGAUCCGAAUCACAGUGAAUCAGGAUCUAGCCCAAAUGGAUAAUUUUCAUUUGGGUGACGAAAGCAAUCGAUCCACUUGCCUCGUCUCCACACCUCAAGCUGGUCAGGGUGGAUCAGAGAGUGCACAGAUGAAAAAAGAUUUGGAUUCGAAUAAUUCUGCUGGGAGUGUCCUAACUGUGAGCUAUACGCACGGUGAAGAGGAUGCGACUAACUGGUUUAAUCAACCUGGUGUGCUGCAAACUCAACUGUUCGGUGCAGCGGCCGAUCACUGGUGGUCCAAAGGGGACGCUCUGCUUACUAUGGCUGUGCACCGCUAUUUACAACACCGAUGGGUGAUCUGUUCCACCGGGUCUCUAGAUAACGAAGCAGUGAUUCCCGAGAUACCCGAUCCCAUACACACUCAUGUGGCACGAAUGCAACACUCAGCCCACGCGCAAGAAGAACCGCUACUGAGUCAAAUCGAGUCUGACUCUUUGCCGCAUUUGAUGGAUUAUCACGGUCGAGUUAUUCGUCUCCAGCAGAACGCAUGGGAAGAGUUGACUCGCCGAGCGCACCUCCUCAUCCCUGCUCUGUUUCCUUCAUCCGCUUUGUCUUUGCCUGAUGUGACAGAACCGUGUGCAUUUCGUGAACUGUCUGAUAUUGUGCAACUGGUGGGUGCUGCUCAGUUAAUAUGA